AUGUACACCAAGACUCUCACCGCGCUACUUGCGGCGGGCCUGGUUGGCCAGGCCAUUGCUAGCCCCAGACACGGACUUCAACAUGCCCACCAGAAGAAGGCUCUUUACACCGACCUGACGACCGUCACGGACUGGGUCACUGUUACCGUGUAUGAGGGCGACGAAGCUACCACGAGCGUCCACAAGGCCUUCUACACCAACUCAGCCCAUAGGGUCAAGCAUCACUCUAGCUCGGCGAGCACCUCCAAAACCUCGACUUUGGCUCAUGCGGCGGCGACUCCGUCAACCACCCUUGUCGCCCAGCCGUCCUCGACUGCUGUUGGCGUCAAGCACGUUAACCCGCCCUCUCCCAAGCCCCCCGCGCCUUCGAGUACUAGGUCGGUGACUCCUGUCGUCAACUCUCCUCCUCCAGUCGUCGAGGCCCCGGUGCCAACCCCCCAGCCUUCAUCUUCCGCUGCUCCUGCCCCUACGCCUACGCCUUCUCCCACCACGAAGGCUGCUUCGCCCCCUGCUCCUGUCGACACCAACAACAACAGCGCCGGAAGCGGCAGCGGCAGCACCGGUGGUGCUAAGCGCGGCCUUGUGUACAACAAUGCCCAGUUGCUCCCGUCUUUGCUGAACGCGGGCAGCAAGGUCUCGUGGCUUUACAACUGGGGCCAGUACGACGACUCGGGCACUGGCCUGGAGUUCUGCCCUAUGCUCUGGGGCCUGAAGCUUGAUUUCGCCGAGACUUGGCCCGCCAACGCCCAGAAAGCCAUCGAUGCGGGUUCCAAGUGCCUGCUCAGCUUCAACGAGCCGGAGCUCGACAGCCAGGCACACAUGUCGCCGGAGCUGAGCGCUCAAAAGCACAUUGAGCUGCUGAACCCUUUCUCGGGCCAGGCUCGCAUCGGCUCGCCGGCCAUCACCAAUGGCGGCGGCCCCGAUCAUGGCAUUGGCUGGCUUCAGCGCUACUUCACUGCCUGCGCCGGCGGCUGUGCCGUGGAUUUCAUCAACGUCCAUAUCUACGGUCUCGAUACCAACGCCUUCCUGUCCCACCUCCUCGACGUGCACGGCGCAUUCAAUAAGCCCGUCUGGGUCACCGAGUUUGCCUUUGACGGCUCGGACGACCAGAUCAACUCCCAGCUUGAGACGGUCAUCGAUCAAAUCGAGACUAACUCAACCUUCUCCUUUGUUGAGCGCUACUCGUAUUUCAUGGUCCAGGACGGCACCAUGGUCCACGGCAAUACCCCGAGCACCUACGGCAAUACCUUUGCGUACGGCGCUUAA